UUACUGUAAAAUCAACAAGUUAGAAACAAUUUCUAAAAAAAUUUUUUAUUUCUAUUUCAAGGGCUCCAGGCUCCUGGCUGCAGGAUAGGGAAACGUGUCCAGAUGUCACACCCCGACCUUGGGAGUCGCAUAACUUCAAGAACUGCUGGAGUUUGUGGCCGAAGUAGGACGACGUCCUUUGAUGGUAAUUUAGAAUACGAGCAUGUGCGCUCUUUUAAAAUCUUUUUCUGGUGACAAAUGUGGAUGUUUACAUCGCCACAAAGAAGGUAUAUUUCACUUAAAUGCAUACAGGAGUAAAGUUAUAUACAGAAGAUCUACUGCUACUACUUUAUCUACGGCACAUAGAAUCAUAAAUACAUAUUCUAUAAAUAGUGCAUCCUAACGACUGACAGAAGUGACCCAAGAAGUAUUCCUUAGAAAUUAACCACUCCAGUUCUUUCAGUAUAUUGUUCUAAUACAUUAUAUGAAUAAUGUUGAAAAAACAUAGUUAGUUCUAGAAUUAAAAAAUAAAGAACUUUAAAAAAAAAUUUGGAUGGAGUGUACUUAUUCAUGGAUAUAACCGAAUUCAUCAUUAAAAUAUCUCUACCUUAAGCUAACAACCAUGACAGUCAUACCAGUCAUAAACAUGGACGCCGCCCAAAUUUGGCGGCGUGUCAAUGACAAAUUGGAACACCCCGAAAGCCAAAGGAAGAUGGUUCUAGUCAUUGUUUGUAUUGCCUUGCUGCUGGACAACAUGUUAUACAUGGUAAUCGUGCCAAUUAUCCCAACAUAUUUGCGUGAAAUUAAAACUUGGGAUACGGAGACUGUGAAAGGAGAACGGAUAUGGGACAAUAGCACAGCUCCUGAAGGAAGCAAUCUGAGCUAUUGGAAACAGGGCAAAGAUAAGAUUCAUUAUAAAGGUGAAGAUAGCGCUAUAGGAAUGCUUUUUGCUUCAAAAGCUAUCGUCCAGCUAUUUAUCAAUCCCUUCUCAGGGACAGUCAUUGAUAAGAUUGGUUAUGACACGCCAAUGAUGAUAGGACUUACUAUAAUGUUUAUUUCCACAGCUAUGUUUGCAUGUGGACAAAGUUAUGGUAUCCUUUUUUUUGCCAGAAGUCUCCAAGGUGUAGGAUCAGCAUUUGCAGAUACCGGUGGUUUGGCUAUGAUUGCUGAUAGGUUUACCGAAGACGAAGCUCGAAGCAAGGCAAUUGGUAUUGCGCAAGCUUUCAUUUCAUUUGGAAGUCUUGUAGCACCACCUUUCGGUGCAUUCCUGUAUGAAUUCGCAGGAAAAGAAGUUCCAUUUAUUGUCUUAAGUAUGAUAUCUCUCAUGGAUGGAUUUGCUCUUCUGUUCGUAAUGAGACCAGUGAAAAUGGCCAUGAAGCAGCAAGGCAUUGAACGUCCAAAAGGAACUCCCAUUCACAGGUUGUUCAUAGAUAAGUACAUAUUCGUUUGUGCAGGUACAUUAGUAAUGGCGAAUGUUUCCCUUGCAUUUUUAGAGCCAACACUAACUCUAUGGAUGGAAGCAACGAUGGAUAAUGUGGAUGAAUGGCAAACAGGAAUGGUAUGGCUACCCGCAUUUAUACCACAUGUAAUAGGCGUCUAUACCACAGUAAAACUGUGCAAGAAAUACCCCAGGUACCAAUGGGCUAUUGCAGCUACUGGGUUAGGACUUGAAGGUAUAAGUAGUUUAUUUGUCCCUUUGUCGAACAAUUUUUGGGUACUCAUGAUACCUUUAUCUGGAAUAUGUUUUGGUAUAGCGCAAGUGGAUACAUCAUUGUUACCAAUGCUUGGUCAUCUAGUGGAUACACGAUACGUAUCUGUGUACGGUUCAAUUUAUGCCAUAGCGGAUAUAUCCUAUUCUCUAGCAUAUGCGAUCGGUCCAAUUAUAGCAGGAGGAAUCGUUUCUACUGUAGGAUUCGGAGGUUUAAAUAUUCUGAUAGCCGUCACCAACCUUGGAUAUGUACCAGCACUUUUUAUGUUACGUCACGUAUACGAUUACGAUACAUUCAAGGAAGAACAAAUUGAUCUUGAUGAGAUUCCAGCUCCACAAUACAAAACAUUUACGGUGAAUAACGGUAAUGCUGUAAAUUUGACAGAGGAAUCAACCAACCUGCAACCAGAUUUAUUCCAAUCUCAGCAAAGCCAACCUCAGCAACAGCUGUUCCAAGGACAGCCAACAGCUAAUCAACCUGUAGUAGACACGAAUCCGUUUCGUCAGCCACAGCCUAUGACCAAUCACUCUUCCAGAUCAACAACACAAAAUACCCUUCCUGAACAGCAACAGAGGAAACCGAAGCCUAAAGGUUAUAGGUCUGCAGACAUGGAAAAAAUGAUAAAUGGUUCAGACGAAGAUUGACAGUAGGUGUAUAUGAUUAAAAUUAUAACAUGCCCCGUUGUUUUGAACUAGGAACUUGAGAAGAUAAAUAGUUAUGACGUUCUUAAAUGCUAGAUGAGACUUGUUGCAGAUUGACAAAGAAGCUUCACGAGUUCUUAGUUCGAACCGUAUAGAACUUCUUAUAGGAUAAAUGAAAUUUAUCUAGGUAUUAAUUGAGUGUUCUAAACACAUUUAAUUUAUUCUUGAUAUCUAUCUGCAUGGAGUAAUGAAGAUGAUGAAAGAGUUUCAGCAAUCUAAUUUGUGAUAAUCCUUCACAGCAAUAAUCAAAGAAUUUGAUUAAGCCUUGUUAUCAGUAAUUGGAUUUUGUAAUGUUCUGUAAAGAAUAACUGAGAGAUAGGAUUUUCACAUAGCAUCUCGCAAGUUGGCGUACGUGUAUUCUCUGCAAGCUCUGUAGUAAAGGGAAAUUGUUCCAUGUUAACGCCGUGACUCAGAACAUGCGUACAUGAACCUGCAGGAUACUUCACGAAAGUGCAAAAUCUCUCUAAAAUAUGAACUUUAAAUUUUAGUUAGAAAUUCUAGAAAAUUUUUUAUCUUAUUUUACGAAAAAAGGAAUAUUAUUUUGUUCAAUCAUUAAUGUAUUACUUUCUUCAAACACAUUGUUUAAGAAUGUUUUAAAAUAUUUGUACAAGAAUAAGUUACUUAAAAAUAAUUAUCAUAUUGAUGCUUGAAACUGAUGCUAAAACAACUAAUUUUAAUGUUAUGUAUAUUAAUGUACUUUUAUUUAAGUUCAUACUAUUUUAUUUGCUUUAAAAAACACUGAGCAAAUAAAUUUAAAAUAAGAAAAAAGAACUUUUAUUACCCAUGAAUACUUUAAUUUUCGGAAACGGCAAUUAUUUGAGAAUCAAUAUUAUUGUUAUAGUCGAUAUGCACUAGUACUUAUAGUUUCAGUUUUUUUUUUUACAAAAAAACUCCAGGGUUCUAUUGAUUUUCAAAUAAUAUUAAAAUCUUAUAACGAUGUCUUAGAAUACUUUAAUUUACGUGUUUUUGAAUACUUAAUUUUCGGAAACGGCAAUUAUUUAAGAAUCAUUAUUAUUGUCAUAGUCGAUAUGUACUUGUACUAAUAGCUUAAAUUUAAAAAAAAAAAUACUCUCUAGGGUUCUGCCGAUUUUCAAAUAAUAUUGAUAUCUUAUUACGAUGUCUUAGAGACAACCUAAUCCUGAAUUAAGUUAAUAAUAUGCAAGUUAAAAACUUAUUUGCUAUCUGUAUGUUUUUUUUCAUAUUUCAAAUUAAAAGAAAAAGAAAGAAAAAUCUAUGAAAAUACUAAAAUAUUUCGAAUUUGUUAAAUGUUUCUUUUUAAAUAUUGUGUGUCUAACGGAUAAAUUCACUCUUCUGCUUCUGUGCUUUUGAUAAAUCCAUCUUUCCAUUACUAUAUAUCAUUCAAUGUAUAACGCAUACUGUUUGCUAUAUUUUUUUCCCAUGAAAAUCAUAUUAUUUGUUUUGAUUAUAAUCUAAAUGCAAAAAAAGUUACUUUCGAACUUUUUUCUGUUAGAUAUUGAUAAAAAUAUCUAAUAAAACACUUUUUGUGACUUCAGUUUAUAAAGUAUUCUUUUUUUAAUUAAUAUAUUUAUUUUGUAUUUUUAAUUGCAACAGAAAUUAUAAUUUGAAAACUAAAGGUAUUUAUCAUCAAAUUCAAUCCGUAUUUAACCAAAUCAUUACCAUUUCGUUCAUAAAUAUUAAUUAAGAACGAAAUUUUAAAUAAACUGAAUCAUCACUAAGACUUUACCUUAUUCAAGUUAGAACAUAUAAUCAGGUAUAGUAAAUUACGGAAAUUUUAUAUAUGUAGAAAAUAAAGUAGUUAAGCUGUGCUGGAUAAUUUACUUCAGUUAUUCAUAAUAAAUAAUAAUUUUAAUUAUAAUAAAUAAAAUAUAUUUAUUUCAUGAAUUAUGAAGUAUUAUAUUUUAUUAAUCAGUAUUUAUUAAUCAUAUAAGCGAAGUUCAUUUAUUAUUCGUUUAAUUAUCACCGAUAAAAAUUGUAACAGUGUUAAACUCAAAGCUUAAACAAGUUGAAUUAUUAAUAACAGUUUUCAUGCAACGUUACAAGACAAAUUUUAUUACUUUAAUUAAAUUGGUUAAAGCAAAAUUUUUAUGCAUGCAACUGACGUAAAAAUUUAAAAUUAUUAAAAAUUUUGUUUAUUCAAUUUUUAUUAGUUUGUUCAACACUUAAUCAAUUCAUAUCUUCAAUUUAUAUUGAACAUAAACGCAGAAAUUUGUCUUUGAACCUGAAAUUAAUAUCUAAGAUUUCAUUUAAAGUUUUUCAGGGAUCGUAUUAAGUUUCAAAUACGUGAUCAUAAAUAGUAAGUAAAUCAUAAAUUCAGGUUUCAAUAAAACAUAAAUUGUGAACUGUCCCUAAACAAAAAUAAAUAAGUAUGCAAGGUUGAAUUUAAAGUCUUGCAGAGCUAAUUUUGAGUAUUAUACAUGUAAGUUCCAUUUCAAAAAUUGAAUUUGAUGUAUAACUGUAUAAUGAAUUCCUCAAAUGAAGAAAGCAAUUUCCUAAUGUUUAUCUUAAUCAUACAUGACGUUCUUGCAAGGUGGGUUACUCAGGUGCAAUUUUUGCAUGUUAAAAUUUAUGGUUAGAUCUUUUUAUAGACCUUACAACGAUGAGAACACGUCCCUAAUAAAUACGUAGCCACAUGAAUAAAAUGUAUAAGAAAUAGCAAAACAUGAACACUCAUACCUUUCUUGUACUCUUCCCUCACAAUGACCAUGUCUUAAUGAAGGGCACUAUUUUGCCUCAUGGCAUUAUGCGAAAUAUUCAAGGUGGAAUUCUACAAAAAAAUUUUUUUUUUGCUAAAUUUAAAAUUUUAAAUCUGUUAAAAGAUAUUACGGUGGUCAGGUUCCAUAUUUACCAAAUUUCUGUUAGCCAAAUUAAAAAAGUAUUUUAUCUUCUGGAUUGCGCCUGAUUUUUCAUCACUUGUGGACAAAAAGUCCACGCUUUUUUGCUUAAAAUCAUACUUUUAAAUUUUUUAGUUUAAAAAUGUGGUUGAAUGUAAGCAAACUGUAAAACAUAUGCAACAUUUAGGUCUCCAAAAAUUUUAAUUUAACUCGAAAUCUACACAAUUGACCUAACCUAAAUAUUGAUUGAAAAUUUAACUCGUGCACGUUUAUUAAUAAUGGUUAAGGCUUUCUCUUAGAUUCUGGGAAACGUAAGUGUUACAUAAUAUAAUAAUUUUUUUACUGUUAUUUUGCAAUCUAAACGUUGCCUUUUUGAAUUUGUAAACUAAAAUUUGUUUUAUAUUAUGUUUUUACGUUUUCAACAAAAAAGUUGUGCUUGUUCUAGGAGAUUCGGAUAAAAUUGUUUUGGUAGAUAUGUGUCAGCAAACCACUUGAAAUUCGGUAUUUAAUUUUAUCUACAGUUCGAUUUUGAAUAAAAGGUUUUUGUUAUACAUAGAACAAUUUAUGGCGAGAAUAAUGCAACAUUAUGUGGACAAUUCAUGGCUAGGUAUAAUUUUCUACUAGAUAAGUAACUUCAAACAAGCAUGGUCCUUAUAAGGGAAAAAUACUUUUUAUGAUUCAUAAUAUUAACGUCAGUUUAAUUCUGACCACACUACUCUACUAUUCAUAUUAAAAAAAUACUUUAAAACUUUUUUCACUCUUAAAGUUGUACCCUUUAGACGCACAUUUGUACAUAUGUAUAAAACCAUAGGUAAGUGUUAUGAAUGUUUGCAAAAGCUUGAGUGCAGUAUAUAGCUCAAUAAAACGUGAUUAUAGUUAAAGAGAUCAGUAAUAUACAGUACUAUUACAUUGUAUAAGUGAACUGAUGAUGUUGUAGCUAUAACUAUUGUACGAUAUUUUCGUUUCAUGUUAUUGCUUUGAUGAGUUGAAAAUUUUAAAAAUGGCAUUGUAGUUAUAAAAAUUUUUUUGUGUCGCUAUAUGUUGUUUUCAAAUUUCAGUUUCAGCUUGUAUUGUUGUGGCUGAUGUCAAAACUGAUAUAAUAAUGGGCGAGUUCUGUAACAAGUAAUGAGUGGAGUGCACGGCGGUUGUUGAAACGGUUAAAACCGUUGUCGUAUGUAAAGAGUUGAAAAAGCUAAAUUGGAUAAAAAAGUGGAGAUGUCUACUCCUUCUCUUUUUUUGAUGUAAACAAAUGAUUUAGUAUUGAAUUAAAAUAUUUCGAUUACAAAUUUUCAUUUGUAAUGAAAAAUAUUUUAUGACGCUGAGCCAAUCAAAUUUUGAGGUGAAAUUUUUUCAUUAUAAUGAGAAUUUAUUUGAAAUACGCAUUAGGAAAUUGAGAAUUUCAUUGGUGCAAUUUCGGCAAACCGGUUGAUACAAAAUGCAGUUGGACUGCUCCUUAAGUUUCUGAAUAUGACUAAUCAAAUAUUUCUGUUAGGUAAGAUUUUAGUAUUUUUUUUAGUUCGUCCUUCUUAUAAAAUCGUUAAAACAUUGAUAAAAUAUUUAGUAUGGAAUAAAGAACAAUUUUGUCAAUUUUUAUUUGUGCUAUAAAAGUUGAUUAUAUUGAGCUAUAAACUGACUAAUUGAAUAUAUUUAUGCUAGUUGGAGCAAGCUUUGUGUUACAAAACUCUCCCAUUAUCGAAAUGAUAAAAUAAACUUUUAAACUUACAUCAACUUGUUCUAAGAAAUGAAGAACAUACGGGGAAAACAUAAAUGUUGUAUCUUGUCUUAUUGUCUAAUUAUGUAAUGCUAUUUCAGUUGCCCAGCUCUUUUUCUAAAGUAUAUUUUUUAUUUAUUUUUGAAAAAUAAGAUCACAUUUAAUCUUACCAUUUUCAAAAUAUAGGGAAAUGAAUAAUAAAAAAUAUUUUCUUUUU